CUAGAGAAUCGGCACAAACUCUGCCAUCCGAAUGUAAACCCAAACUAAAAACUGUGUCAUUUUUUCGGAAACAAGAGAAGAAACAAGUCAAUGAGGAGAAAAUUGUAAUCCAAACAGCAAAAACUAAGUAUGAUGAUGAAGGAUUAGAAGAACACAAUAAAAUAUUCUUUGUAGCAGAGCAAGAACUUUUAGGUGAGGAACUGAAAGUCAUAGGAAAGCAGGACGUUCUAGAACAGGAAACAAACAUUUCAAUUCAAGACAAAUGUGCGGAAGAAAUUCAGUCUGAAAAACUCCACACAGUAAAACAAGAAGAAGUUGUGGACAGAAAAUCAAAAACAAUUAUGAGGAAAUAUAGUCAGGAAAAACAGACUAUUCACAAACCUAUCAUUGGAGAACAAGAUAUUCCAGACCAGGAAAUGGUGAAUCAGAAAGACGAAAAGAAAGACAAAGAGAACACUGAAUUAUUAAUUGAGACAAAAAGUGAUGAAAUUCUAAACCAUGAACUGCAAACUCAGAAAGAGCAUAAUGUAGUCAAAAGGAAAGACGAAGAGAAGCCUGAAUUACAAAUCAUGACAGAACAAGAUGAAUUACCAGAAAAAGAACUAGAAACUCUAAAUGACUAUUGUAUAGACGAAAGUGUAGACAAACAAAAGUCUGAAGAACUCGUGACGGUUCCAAAGGAUGAAGUCCCAAACCAGGAAUUGAACACUAUAAAUGACUACCGUGUGGAGGAAAAAGUGGACGAAUCAAAGGCAGAAAUAUUAAUUGUAACUGUAAAAAGCGAUGUUAAAAACCAGGACAUAGAAAUUAAAACAGAGGAUGAUGCAGAUAAUGGCACUGAUGAACAGAAGCGUGAGAAAUUAAUCACAUCAGAAAAAGUAGUAGUCCAAGAAGAAAGUACAAAAGACCCUUGUCCAGAUAAAAUCAUGGAAAAACUGAGUACUGAGAAGUGUAUUUCAAUACAAGAAGUUUCAUUCCAAGAAAAUAAAUUAGAAGAACCUAGUCAAUAUGAAGGCACAGAAGAAAAGAUGCUUGAUCAAAGUAUGGAAAAAGAACAAGAAGAUCUAGAUCAGACAGAUGAAAUACUAGAGAAACCUAUUCUGAAUGAAACUACUAAUGAACAAACUGUUGAAACAUUCAUUGCUGCAGAUCAAGAAAAAUUCUUAGCCCAGGAAUUGGAAAGUAAAAUACAAAGUAGUAAAAACGAAAGCAUGGACAAGCAGAAACCAGAAGAACUCAUCAUAACAGAAGAACAUGAAAUUCUAUAUGGGGAACCUAAAAUUAACAUAGAACAUAGUAUAGAAGAACAAAAGCUUAAAAAACUUAUAAAGACAGAACAAGAUGAAUCCCCAAACCAGCAAUCAGAAAGUGACAAAGAGCACAGUGUAGAUGACAAACAGAAGCCCGAGAAAUUAUUCUUAACAGAACAAGAAGAUUUAGAUCAGACAGAUGAAACAUUGGAGAAAAUUAUUCUGGAUGAAGCGACAAAUAAAAAACAGACUACUGUAAUAUCCAUCAUAGCAGAGCAGGAAGAAUUUUCAGACCCGGAAAUGGAAACUACAAAUCAAAAUAAUGAAGAUGAAAACAUAGACAAGCAGAAGCCAGAAAUCUUUAUCAUAACAGAACAUGUAAUUCCAGAAGAGAAACUUGAACCUAUCAUAAAACAUAAUGUAAAUGAAAGCAUGAGUGAAUGGGGAUCUAAGAAACGUACUGUGACAGAAAAAGAUGAAACUCGAGGCUAUCAACCAGAAAGUGACAAAGAACACAGUAAAGAAGGUGAACAAAAGCCUGAGAAACUCAUCUUAAUAGAACAAGAGCAUCUAGAUCAGAGAGAUGAAAGAUUGGAAAAGCCUGCUUUGGAUGAAACUACAAAAGAGCAAAGUGUUGAAACACAUAUAGUAAUAGAAGAAGAAAUUUCAUCUCAGGAACUGGAUACUAAAAAAGAAAUUAAUGAAGGUGAAAGCAUGGACAAGCAGAAACCAAAAUCACUCAUAACAAUAGAACAAUGUCAAAUUCUAAAUGGGGAACCUGAAACUAUCAGAGAACAUAGUGUGUAUGGAAGCACAGAUGAACAGAGGCCAAAGGAACUUAUCACGACACAAAAAGAUGAAGCCCGAGACCAGCAAUCCGAAAGUGAACAAAUGCAUAGUAAAGAUGAAAACAUGAAUGAACCGAGUCCUGAGAAUCUCAUCAUGAUAAAACAAGAAGAGCUUUUACUUCAGGAACUGGAAGCUAUGAAGGAACCUAUUGAUGAUAAAAGCACAGAAGUAUAA